AUGAAGCAGAAAUUGAAACAAGAAAGUAAUUUCAGAAACUUUGUUUGCUGGCUGGAAGACAAAAGAAUAAAUCAUUAUCAGCCCGAUGAUCGAGCUGGCUUGAGAAAAAUUUGUGCUGGUGACUGGGAGAAUCAUUUUUUGAAGUACCUAAAUGAUCUCGGUUGCCCAGUCGAUAGUAAAGAAAAGAUCUUGGUAAUUAACUGGCUGCUGUCACUGGCUAUUAGAUUGGAAUAUGGAAAUAAAAUUAAUAAGAUGAAAGUUACAUAUGGUAGUGGAUCAAGUUCUUGCAACCCUUUGGAGAAUAUGGACUUCACAUCAGAGGAAUUCAGAGCAGGUGUGACGUCACUGGGCAAGAUGCUCAACAUGCCACCUCACAAUGAUUCUCUCACUCUUCUCAGGGCUAUUUGCUUGCUAGUUAAAGAAAAACUAUCUAAAGAUGCUCUAGAGAGAUUGAAAAAGCAAGGAAUAAAGCAGGCAGCGUCGAUAUCUCUUGAUAAAAUUGAUUUGGGUUUUGAAACUCCAGAUUUGAUAACGAAAGAAGCUGGGAAGAUUUUGCGCCUCUUAUACUUGAAAGAGUUGAGAGAGCUGCAAGACUGCGCCAAUGAAGCCAUAGUUGCCGCGCAAGCCAUUACCGCCAAUCCAAAAACCGACUCGAGAUUAGGAAAAGUCGGAUCAUAG